UUUUCUGGCCAGCUCAUCGAUUCAACGAAUUUCGUGACAUCUUUCGGCGAGAAAGUGUUAUUUGUUUAGGUGUCGCUAAAGUAUUUUGUUCUUCAUUUUCCAAAAAAAAAAUACUUUCAUCUACGCCAUACGAUACAUCCAGAUCACGAUUUAUUGUUGAAAUAACAGUUAUAACGGUUUCAAAAUGUUGUUGUUAGGGAUUUUAACCAUAAUAGUUGGAUUAUCGUUUCCUCGUACAAACGCAAUCAUGUUCCGGUUAGCACCAAAUACGCAAAAAUGUUUGAGAGAUGAAAUGCAAGGCAAUCAAAUUGUAGCUGGUGAAUAUGAAAUAACAAACGCACCGGGACAAAAGAUUGACUAUGUGGUGAGAGACACGAAAGGACACAUUUUGGCACAAAAAGAAGACAUCUCUAAAGGAAAAUUCUCAUUUACUUCGGAAGUUUACGACACAUUUGAGAUAUGCUUUAUUUCUCAAGUACCACCAAGCUAUCGAGGAAUAGAACAAGAGGUUGCUCUAGAUGUAAAGAAAGGAAUCGAGACCAAAAGCUAUGAAGGGAUCGGCGAGGCAGCAAAAUUAAAACCUUUGGAAGUUGACCUAAAACGGCUUGAGGAUCUGUCGGAUGCUAUUGUGCAGGAUUUUGCGUUAAUGCGAAAACGGGAGGAAGAAAUGCGUGAUACGAAUGAAUCAACGAACAGUCGGGUGCUUUUCUUUAGCAUUUUUAGUAUGAGUUGCCUAUUAGGUCUCGCUACAUGGCAAGUGUUAUAUUUGAGACGGUACUUCAUUGCAAAAAAACUAAUUUAACCAAUUGUGCAACUCUUCUAUUUUUGAUUUCUUGCGAUGCAAUAAAAAUAUAAACUUAGGCAAACUUGAAUAAAUAAUCACAAAGAAAAGCAAGAAAUAAUUUUUUUUUUAAAUAAUAUUAUCGGUAAAAGACUCUAGAUGGACACCCUCCUUCCCCUUGCUGCUUGUUGAUCCCUGAGAUCACGUCCGUGUGCUUUGUUGAAUAGUUCUAGCAACGUUUUCCGACGUGGAAUGGUGAUCCGGCACAAAGUACAUCAGCCGAUAGUUGCUUUUCAAGAUUUGUUUUGUUUUUUCUGCGUCGACAUGCUGCAAUGAACAGCGGUGCUUGAAGCUGAAAUUAAAUAAUUGCUUGAAUUAUAAUGUUUUAAAUAAACAAAUAAUAUUUCACCGUGCUUCCGGGACCAUCACGAGCAGCACUAUUGCUCGAUCUGGAAUGUUGACUUGGUCGAGUGUGCGGUAGGUGUUCGUUGUCAGGAGUGUGCAGGUGUUUCUGCUAGCACCGACAAAACCACCGUUGUUACAUGCACUUUACCAAUAAUUGACACCUAUCGUGAACCAAAUUAACCAUCAGUCGAUAAAUAUAUCGAUCGAUGUACCGACUAUCAUGGCGGAAUGGUAUCGCAACGCAACAAAUUUGUCAACCCGUAAAAUGAUGGUAACAACUGUCAUGCCCGUUACAAAUCAAAAUAUAAACAUAUUUCUUAACUUGUUUUACAUAUAAUUCAAAAAAACUCAAACCAUUUCAAGUAAAUCUAACGAUUUUAUUAGGCCGUAAAAGAAACAAAAAUUGUCUGAAAAUUAUAUUUAUCAUGAUUUUGAAGAGAAUUUCAAAAUGAAUUUCGAAUUUUGAAUAAAUCUAAACAAUCAACAUGUAAUGUAA